GAAAAGAAAGCUGAUGAAGGCGAUGAUGAAGAUCACUCUCACAACCACGACACCAACGCCAACGCCAACACCAACACCAAUACCAACAAUUCCCCGUACAAAUGGAAUCAUCGGUUUUCUUCUUAACCUUAACCACUCUUCCCCUACUUUUCCACGAACCACUGUCCCUCCCAACCAUCCCAAUAAUUAUGCUUCUCUUCUAGCGAAAUUCUCUGUCUCUCUCUCACCCUCACGUUUUAAUCCGACUCCGCCACGACCCACACGACGAUUUGAGGAAUAUGUUUGGAGGUGAUAGUAGCAAUCCUGUGUUUCCCACUUUCCUUGACGAAAGUCAGUUUCAAUAUGUCACCGGGGGAGUGCCCCAGCUGCAGCUAUUUGGAGAUUGUGACAUUGCAUCUGUCAGUCACUGUUGGAUGCAGUGUUGGUCCUUUAAACUACAUGGGAAAUAACCAUACCAGUGCGAUGGAGCAGCCAACUAAAAGAGCCAGGGAAGCAGAAUCUAUUUCCAGACAGCAAAAGCAUCUUGUGUCUCCAAAUAAUAACUUCUCUCAAGAUAAAGCCGGUCAGUCUGGAAGCAUUCUGAAUCCUAACCCUGUAUCAACUGGGCUGAAACUUGCAUAUGAGGAGGACGAACAUAACUCAUCUGUAACUUCUGCAAGUGAAAGUAUGACAGCUGCCCUCCCUGCUAUUUUGUCCCUCAGCGAUAAUCUGAAGUUAGAGAUCGAUCGGCAGAAUGAAGAAUUUGAUUGUUAUAUCAGACUUCAGGAAGAAAACAUCCUCAAGGAUGUGAGGGAACUGAAGCAAAGACACACGGUUUCUUUUCUGAGUGCCAUAGAAAAGGUCGUUGAUAGGAAGUUGCAUGAAAAAGAGCUUGAAAUAGAGAAUAUGAACCGCAAGAACAAGGAAUUAAUGGAGAGAAUAAAGCAGAUUGCUACGGAAGUUCAAUCCUGGCACUAUAGAGCAAAGUACAAUGAGUCUGUAGUCAAUGUCUUGAAGAGCAAUUUGCAGCGAGUCAUGGCUCAAGGUGCCAUACAUGGGAAGGAAGGAUGUGGGGACAGUGAGGUAGAUGAUGCAGCCUCUUAUGCUAAUGUGGAUCACCAAGGCAUUAUAGAUGGUUCUGGCAAUUCUGUCUUCAUGAAGAAACAAAUGAAUUGCAGGGCUUGUAAAGUUAAAGAAGUCUGUGUCUUGUUGAUACCUUGUAGGCAUCUGUGUCUCUGUAAGGAUUGUGAAGGGUUUAUUGACAUAUGCCCUGUCUGCCAGGUAGUGAAGACUGCAAGUGCUCAAGUAUACAUGUCUUAAAAGUGUAAUGGUAUCAAGCCAUAUAUCUAUAUCUGCACACUUGUAUU